AUGCGCCCGACCAAGGGCGCUCGCACGCCCGACAACCUCGCUCUGCAAAUCAAGUCUCUCCGCCUCAAUCCCACCAGCCAAGAGCUCCGCUCCACCCUCGCGCAAUGCAUCUCACGCUGUCAAUCCCCCGAUGCAACACGCCAGAGUCUCGAUGACCUUUCCCAGUGGGCUACCGCGGGUAAGCAGGCGAUAGGCAAGGGUGUCGACGUAAGCUUCCUGGAAGAAGACGAGCUGCAGACUGCCUUGACGCACUUGAUCUGGGACAAGCUGGAUGACUCGAGCGCCGUUUCCAAGAGGAUGGAGAGCACUGCGGUGCUCCUCCUCAGCAUCAUCGACUCGAUGCCCACCGUCAACGCAGCGACAUCGACAUCACCUGCGCCUCUCUGCCCACUCGCCGCCAACCUGCUUCGCCGUGCCAACGCGGACACGGCCAUCCGCACCUCCCUCGUCGUCUACGACAUCCUCCUCAGUGUCUACGACGGCACGCGCAUCGCAGACUCGUACGGCUCGCCCUCUCUCCAGGGACUGUAUGCGCAAUUUAGCACGCCUGUGAGCUCUUACGUGGAUGCGCCGACGAGGAGGGCGAGAGUAUGCCGCAAGAUACUGCGAACAAAGGCGAGAGACUGCGGGAUUGGCUUUGCAGAGGAGACGCAAGGGUCUACGCAAAGAUGGCAAGAAUGGGCUCACUUUGCCCUUUCACCAAUCAUUGAGGCUCUCAAGUCCUCCGAUCCAACGAAGCGCAGCAUCACAAGCUGGUAUCAGCUGGCCGACCUCUUCGAGCUUGCACCAGCAGCCCUCGUGCCACUCCUGACCGCUCUCACCGACGGCAGACUUAACGAGGAUACGAUCCUCCCUGCCGUCCUUGCCGCCUUGCGAGCCGCCAACACCCAGGGGCUCGUAAAGACGGGUCAGUCUGCCGACUCGAGCCGCAGCGAAUUUGUCCUCGGCUCGUCCUCUCACAUCAUCGUUGCCCACCCUUGCCAACGCUUUACCUGCAUCGUGCCCCCAUCCCUUCUCGCAUCGUGCGCCUCGUCCACCGUCGAGGAGCUGCAAGUCUCGUCCAUCUCUCUCGUCGUCGAGGGUCGAGCACUCGUCCAGCCCUUCAGUCAAGAGGACUACGCCGUGCUGGGCGUAUUUAUGGAGGCCUCCUUCUCAACCACCCACCCUUCGAGCAGGGGAGCUGUCCACUCCUUGUUUGGCAAACUGCUCACCCGCCUAUCAGCCAACCACCACGCCGCAGCCAAGGAGGCUGAAAAAGCACGCAAGUUCAUCGAUGACCCUAGACAGCGGGAGGAAAAGGUGGCCAGCUGCCAACGCGAAAUGGACGAGAUCCGCGCCUUCAUCAUGACGCUCGUCUCGUCCAUCCUCUCUGCCCUCCACCCUGGCUCGCCCUACCACCUAACAAUCGCCGCCCUCACCUUCCUCGAGACAAUUUUCCUCGCCGGCGUUGAUCCGGACUACGACCGAUCGCAACCCUCCUCGACCAUCGUCUCCUCCUCCUUUGGGCGCUUCGACAAGCUGCAAGGCAUGGGUCUGCGGGGAGUGAUUAGUGCAGAGUUGGUCCAGGCUUGUCUCGGAUGCGCAGAUAGCACAUUUGAGGAUGUCCAGAGGAGGGGCAUAGGGCUCUUGGAGCGAUUUCCUGCACCUUUGCUCGGCGUUGAGACCAAGGAGGCGGUGGAGGAGCAGGUUUUAAGCAAGGCGAGGCGCCUGUUGCUCAGCGGGCGUGACUCGGAGAGCACCGCUGCUGGCUACCUCUUGCAAGUAUACGAAAAGGUCUAUGUUACCAAGCUGGGCUGGCCAGCAACGCUUCAUCUGAGCACACACGAGAGCAAUGCCACCUCUACAUCCAGCGCCCUCUUCCCUCACCUCUUGGACUUCCUCGAGUCCCACAUCCAAGUGGCAGAACAGCAAGGCCUCUUUGCAGCAGCGCAGACCCGGCCAUUGCACGGCACUCUCAUCACGCUAAAGAACAUGCUGGACGACGGGCGUGGCUGGGAUGCCUCGAUGAAGCCCUCUGCGACGUGCCAACUCUUCGAACGCACGCAGUCCCUCAUUGAUCGAGUGUGGGCCAUUACGCGGCCGAUUCUGUGCGCAGCAGCUCCAGAGGGAAGGUCGGAUGAGCCUGGCGCGGACGUCGACGGUGCGGCGGGAGCCGCAGCAGAUGAGGGAGGCGACGCAAUGGCGGAUACCGAGAUAGCUCGUGCCCUCACUGCCGCUGCAGGCGAUGACGCGGCCCCAGUCGCAGCGCUGGAUGGUGCCGCCACGAUCCGCAAGUCCCAACUCAUGCUGUCCUACUCCUGGAGAGGCUUGAAAGAAGCCGCAGCGCUGCUCGGCUCUCUUACGGCGCGCUUUCUCCCUCAUCUUCGCGCAGACCCUUACCUCUCUGGUGUCGGGGAGCGCUUCACCACCUGGAUGACGGCGAUCAGGCACCGCGGGGCGUUUAGUACCGUCUACCCGGCAUUCAGCACCGCAGCGGCCGCUUUGGUCAAGAGUCAAGAUGUACAAGUGGCUGCGAUGCCGCGCCAAUGGCUGCAAGACUUCGUGGGCUUGGUCGCGGGAGAAAAGGGUCAAGCCAUCUCCACUACCCGACGGAGCGCGGGUGUCGGAUAUGCUGUCCUUGCCCUGCUGGCGGCGAUGCCCCUCAAAAAGGACUCCAGCCCGCUGGACGAAACAAUCGCAGCUCUCACGCGAUGCGCAGAUGCUGCUCUCGUCGCACCAGCAGCCUCUUCGCCAUCGCCCACCGCCACUUCUCUGGAUGCGACCCACAUCCACUCCCUCAACAUCCUACGCGUCCUCGUAUUGGACGCGAACUUGGUCCCCUUUCUAGGCAAACACGUCGACUCUCUCCUCUCCCUCUCCAUCAAGCGUUUUCGCUCCCCAAUCUGGUACGUGCGCAACGCCGGUUUGAUGCUCUUCAGCGCGCUUGCUCCGCGUGCUUUCCCUGCCAGGAGGGCCAACGACGAUGGGCAUGAAAACGGGGGUGACGCGACUAGCCAAUCACUGCCAGCGCACCGCUUCUUCGCUACCUACCCUUCGCUGCACGGCGCCCUCCGCGAACACCUGGAGCAAAGCCUCUCCGCCGGCCUGCAUCGCGGUGAAGACGCGGAAGGCUCCGGUGCCCUCUAUGCCGUCUUGUUCCUCCUCUCGCGCAUGCAGGCGGUUGAGCACGACGAGAUGCACGGAGCGCAGGCGGAUCCGCUCGUGCUUCGAGGAUUGGUCGAUCCAUGCUUGGCCAGUCCGGACGCCAAGAUGAGGGAGAUGGCUGCGCGUGCAUGGUGCGGGAUGACUGUGAGCUCGCAAAGGGGAAAGGUGGACGGGGCAAAGUCGCUCCUGGAAAGGAUGGGCGAGGAUGAGAAUCGUAGACAUGCUACUUUCUUGGCUGUUGCUAGGUUGCACAUCGGGCUGGAGUCCGAAGGCACGCAGCUGGGGGACGGUGUGCGAGAGCGACUGGUGGAGCUGGGUGCAGAGUACCAGUCAGGACAGGCGGGAAGUCCCGCGGUCAGACGCGCAUGGGAGAAGGCGCUUCGCGCUUCCACGCUGCGCCCGACCCUUACUGCCAAGCACAACGGCAUUCUCGCCUCUGCCAACGACCUCACCCUCGAAUCGGCCCGGACUACGCUGUGGGACGACUCGCUCCCCGACUUUCAGCAGCGCAUCCAUGCCGCCGACUUCCUGUCCGAGCAAGACGAGUACCCAGGCGCCUCCCUCCUUGUGGAGGAAUGGGAGCGCGCCGCUACCCUCUCUCUUCGAUCAGGCUGCGUGCCCCUGCGGGAAACCGUGCUCGUGCUCUUGGGCAAGCUAACAGCCCGUUCGCAAGCCGCAGAGAGGCAACAGAGUCACCUGCGCCUGUACGCAAAGCUUAUCACAGCCUGCGCAAAGGAGGAGAUGCACGUCGAGUCCCGCCUCGCCGCUGCGGAGUCACUCGCGGCAUUCGCCGAGCACGGCGGUGGACUGUUCGCGCUGGAAGCUAGCGGUGCUGCAGGCAAACCGCUCUUCCAGCUUCACCUCGCCGCAAUCGCCUUGCUGCAGGACGAUGACGAGGAGGUCAGACUCGUUGCGGCAGAGAUUGUCGCACGGCAUCUCGUAGCUGCCUCGCCCUCCUCUGAAACGACGACGACCAGCGAAAGUAGCGCGAGCGCCUGCGUAACCGCCCUCAUUGCCGCAGCACAACGCACCGUAGCCUCAAGCACUGUGAGCACACAACGCGCUUGGGCGUUCAUGGGUGCGGCCUACCCGCUCUCCUCCUCGUCACAAGCGUCUCUCUGGUACAGGCAUCUGGAGCGAAUAGUCCUCCCCCCGCGUGCGGAGCUGGAUGAGACGUGGAAGAUCAUCGCCCGUGAAACCGACGCGACAGAGGGCGAUCACGCCCACGCCCAAGACCCACUCUUUGCAGCUGAACGUCCCAACCUUUAUCGCGAUGCGAGGAUGGACGUGAUUCGAGCAGGAGAAGCUUUGCGCACCGCCUCUUCCCCUUCCUCUCCCUGGUUCGAGUCGCGCCGUACCGAGCUCGCGCAGAGACUCGAGGCGUACAGGCAGUGGAUGCACUCUGGAGCAGCUACAGCGGAUGCGAGGGUCAGCAGCGUCGAGGCUCAUGUGAUGGGGUGUCAGCUUGUCCUGGCGUCGAGGCUGGCCGGAGAAGGGGAUGGGGAGACGUGCAGAGAGGUGGCGGAUUUGUUGAGGGUGUAA